AUGCGCCGCAGACGGGCGCCGAGGUGCCCACGCUACGACCGCCGGUAUACGCCGCCGGACGAUCCCCAGGAGCGCGAGAAGAUGACCGACAUUCCCGACUUCAAGCCGGGCACGCUGGCGCUGCACGGCGGCCAGAGGGCCGAGCCUGUGACCGGCGCCGUGAUGCCGCCGAUCUUCACCUCGUCGACCUACGCUCAGAGCUCACCCGGCCACCACAAGGGCUUCGAGUACACCCGCUCGCACAACCCCACUCGCUACGCCUUAGAACGCAUGCUGGCGGCGCUGGAGGGCUCACGGAUCGACGAAGCUACCGAUCCCAGCCAGGGCGGCUUCGCCUUUGCCUCGGGCAUGGCUGCGAUGACAGUGGCGCUCGACCUGAUCGACCAUGGCUCGCGGAUCGUCGUCAUGGACGACCUCUAUGGCGGCUCACGGCGGCUACUGAGCAAGGUCCGCCAACGUAGCCAAGGUUUGGAACCGAUCUACACCGACCUCACUGACCUCGAUGCCUUCAGCGCGGCGAUGACCGCCGACACUCGCAUGGUGUGGGUCGAGACCCCGACCAACCCGAUGAUGAAGAUCGCCGACCUCGGCGCCAUUGCCAAGCGCGCCCGACAGAUCAAUCCAGACGUCUUGCUGGUCUGCGACAACACUUUCUGCUCGCCCAUCCUGCAACGGCCGCUGGACUACGGCUUCGACCUCUCCAUGCACUCCACGACCAAAUAUCUAAACGGGCACUCAGACUCGAUUGGCGGUGCGCUGGUGACCGGCGACGCCGCGCUGGCCGAGCGCCUGCGCUUCUUGCAAAACUCCUCAGGGCCGAUCAUGUCGCCGUUCGAUGCCUACCUGACCUUGCGUGGAGUCAAGACUCUGGCUAUCCGGAUGGAGCGUCACUGCGCCAGCGCCACCCGCAUCGCGCAGUGGCUGGAAGGCGACCCGCGGGCCGGCAAGGUGGUCUACCCCGGCUUGCCGUCCCAUCCCCAAUUCGGGCUUUUCCAGCAGCAGAUGAGCGGUGGUGGCGGCAUGAUCUCGUUCUAUGCCUUGGGCGGUUUCGACGGCGCCCGCCGCUUCAUGGAGCGCCUGCGGGUGUUCCAGAUCGCCGAAUCACUCGGUGGCAUCGAGUCGCUGGUCAAUCAUCCGGUGACCAUGACCCAUGCCUCGGUUCCCGAGGAGACGCGCGCCGCGUUGGGCAUCAGCGACGAUCUGAUUCGGGUCAGCGUCGGCAUCGAAGACAUCGACGAUCUACUGGCCGACCUCGACCAUGCACUGUCCGACCCAGCGCUGUCGGACUGA